UUGUAAUUUUUUAGACCAAAAAGAUAUUCCAAUGGCAUCAAAUUUUGCACAAAAAUUACUCAACUUCUAUACCAGAAUUACCCCUACUCGUGUGGAAACUUGCGCUAAUUUGUUCUUCAGUACUAUUUAUGGGGAGGCGGUUCAAACUGUAAUUUUGUCUGGCGAUAAGUCGAAAAGUGUUAAGGAGGAUGAAUCAAUUAAAAAGCUUGAACGUCUUUCGGCAUUAAAAAUAACUUCAACAGAUAUUAAAAAUUUGGAAGAGGAUAUUUCAUUUUCUCAAAGGAUUUUGGACGUUAACACUGAAAAUGUGGAGCCUUUAUAUAAUAUCGUAGAAGAUUAUAUUACUUGUCCUUUGCGCGAUGAUAUUGUUUGUGAAAAUGAAUCGAGGGAACAGGUUUUGAUGAAUACCAAAAAUGUUUAUGAAGGAUUUUUUACUGCUCCAAGUGUUGGUAUUGUUACAAAAAAGGAAAAGAAUGUUAAAAAGAAAAUGUCUUCAAAUCUCGAAAAUCCUCAUGCAACAACAAUAUAUUAUUUAAAUCAACCGCAACGAGUUAUUCAACCAGAGAAACAAAAUAAUAAUGUUUUUAUUGUACAUCAACAACAACCGCCGCAACAACCACCACAACAGCAAAAUCUUCAUUUUAAUCAAAAUCUUCCACCAUUUUCAAGUGUUUCAAUGCCGUCAACAACAACAAUUAUAAGAAGUAGUCGGUCAUCUACACAAUCUCCACAAAUUGUUUCUUCUUCAGCUUCACGUUCUUCAGCAUCUCCAGCAUUAAUGUCGUCGUCAGUUGAUGCAAUUACUGCACCUACAGAACAGGAUAUUAUGAAAUGUGCACACUUUUUCAAAUCUUUGUUAAAGAUGAGGCCGCAUCAAUCAUUUAAUUUGUUGGAUAUGAAAAAUUUGCUUCGGGAUGUGCUCCUUGGAGAGCAAUCACCAGAAGAAUUUACAGUCAAAUUAAGAGAAGUAACAAAAUCUCAAGAUAAAGGAAAUUUGCUUCCAUUUCUUCGACGGUCACUUCCAUCACUUCGACGUUCUAUACAAAUUGGACAACAUUUAGAUUUGAGACAAGCACUUGAUAUUGAUGAAUCUUGUUCUAGUACCACACCGCAAUUACCUCAACAAACUGAUGAAUUUACUACUUUUUCUUCACAACAACAAUCUCAAAAUAAUCAACAACAGAAUUUUCAAAUUUAUGGGAAAAGUCCAAAAACAGAAAAUUAUUCUCCAGCAAAUUUGGCACCAACAACAGCUCAUUCAAUGCCAAAAAGUGUAGAAAACAUUCAACAAAAUUCUCUAGAUAAUUACAAAUUUGUUCGAUCAAAUGAAAUGAAAUAUGAGGUUUCAACAUUUAAAAAGGAAGAAUCAAAUACAAUAGCUGAAAAAGGAAAUGUUGGAAUGGAUCCUUCCGCUUCUUCACUAUUUGAUGAUAAUACGGAUAAUUUAAAUAAUUUACCCAAAAUGCUCUUGAACCCACAAGCUUUGGCUGAUAGAAUUUUGUUGCGUAUGCCAGAUGCUGAAGGUGUUGAUGGUGAAGUGCUUUCAGUUAUUUCAAAUGCAGCAGAAGCUCGUCUCUGUACAAUUCUUGCUCAUUUAUCUACUUUAGCUGAACAUCGAUUAGAACCUUUACGUGCUAAUCCUCUUUAUACUUCAAUUGAUGAACCUAGAAAACAAAUUCGUUUUAUGGAAGAUAUUGAUAAACGUGCCCAUAAUCAUAGACAAACAGCAGAAAAGGAAGCUCUUUUAAAAAUUACUAAAAGUAAAGGAAAAGAUAAGGAUGCGUUAGAAAAAGCAAAACAGAUUCAAAAAGCUGAUAGAGAAGCAAUGGUUAAUCGUGAAGCUAAUGCUGCAGCUUUUGCAGCACUUGGUGGAAGUCGAAUUGGAGCAAAAAGGCCUUUUGCUGCUCCAACGUUGGGUGGAACUGUUGAUUGGAAAAGUGGAAUGCAAAAUCAAGGAUUAACUAGUGGAUUGACUGGAGCUGCGAAAAUUGCUCGUCUUAAACGUGUUACAAUGCGUGAUUUACAAUUUUUUCUUGGUAUUGAUCCAUCAAUUCCAAGUAAUUCAAGACUUCGUCAUCGUAUUGCUUUAUAUUCACUCUGUGCUGAUGAAAAUACUUUAAUUUAA